UACUCCUACCCAGCUCAGCUGCUAAAAUGCAUAGGAUAUUGUGAAAAUUUACAAAUCGCUGACGCGACCCACAAUAAUUAACGCAGCAUCUCUAGCUAAACAGCUGCGUCUUCUCCUAUAGUAAUAACAACAACAAACAGAUACACAAACACCAUAUACGUUCAACCCCUACGGCCGAAACCUCACACCACCACCUCCACCUCCACCUCUACUGACACCACCAAAAAACAAAAGCAACAACACAAGCCCAUCUGUAACACUAAACCCGCUCAGAGCAAUACGCAAAAUGGCUUUGGAUUUUGUGGCCACCUACAAAGUGCUGGUGCUGGGUGACUCCAACGUUGGCAAGACGUGCAUUGUGCACAGAUAUUGUGAUGAGAAAUACUACGACACAUACAUCUCGACCAUUGGCAUUGACUUUAAACAGAAACUCAUUAAUCUCGAUGGUGUGCCCAUAAAGCUGCAAAUCUGGGACACAGCUGGGCAGGAACGUUUCCGAACACUAACCACAGCCUAUUACCGCGGUGCCAUGGGCAUUUUACUUAUGUACGAUGUGACCAAUCUGGAGAGCUAUAACAAUUUGUCCUAUUGGUUGCGCAACAUACAGGAGAAUGCCUCACCCGACGUUGUCAAAGUGCUGGCUGGCAACAAAUGCGAAUGCUCAACGACACAGCGUAUGGUGGACAAGGAGAGAGGUGAAAAGAUUGCCGAAAACUUUGAUAUGCCCUUUUUUGAGGUCUCAUGCAAAUCGAACAUUAACAUUGAGGACGCAUUUUUGUCGCUAGCUCGUAAAAUACGCGAACAGCGCGAGCGACGGGGCGAUAACUUUGACAAUGAUGAGAAACAGGACAAGAAAUCACCCGGAUCGAAUGGCUUAGGAACCUUCAGUUUGGGUAGUCUAUCCGGUGAUAAUCGUUGCACCUGCUAAAUUGCCGUCAGCAAAUAGUAGACCAUUGAUCCGCUGUGUAACCUGAAUAAGUUGUCCAAAGUUUUGCAAAGCAUUGUACAGCCAGCAGCAACAAUUCAUGUAGCCAAGUUUGUGCAUGUUAUAAACCAAUAACGAUAAAUUUAUCAAAAAAAAAAAAAAAAAAAGAAUAAUAAUUAAAAACAAAGAAAACAUUUUAAAUGCAUAAAACAUUCAAGUCAAGCCUAUGUAAAACGUACAGAUUGUGCAUUUUUUAAGAUAGUCCAAGAAUAGCAUAAUAAUUUUAGCAUAUUCGUGCAAAUACAUCAAUAAUAGUCGCGACAUAAUUUCUACAUUAACUAACUCGUGUACUUAUUAAGCUAAAUAAGUCUAUAUAUAUAUAUAAAUUAUAUAUUAAAUAUAUUGUAUAAA